AUGUCGAUCGUUCAGAUGAACAGCAUCCAACGGAUGGGUGCUUUGCUAUGGAAGGAUGCGGUAAAGCAACACAAUGACUCUCUUAAAAGAGGGGCUGCAGACGAAAGAUUCAUCAACAUCGAAGAUAGUGGAUUCGAUGACAUAGACGUCAAUUCUCUUGCCGUUGCUGCACACCAGGUGUCCAAUGGUUUGAACAAGGAGCAGGGCCCAUUCGGCAAUUCUCUUCAGAAGAUACUUCGACUACUCAAUGGGCAUGCCAGUGCUAUUAACAUUUUCACCCAAUGCAAUCCCCAAAUGGGAAACUUGAUCUUAGGAUCAAUCAUCGAAGAGACGGAAAAGGCUACUUCUAUUGCUGUGGAAGGUAUUCUUCAGAUAUUAGUUCAUUUGGACCGCUGGGAGCAGACAUCAAAGAUAUCGUGUCUGUUAAACUCGGAUCCUGUAAGGGAGUCCAUAAUUUCGUUAUAUACGAAGAUCCUAGACUUUUUGAUAUCAGCAACUCUAUGGCUCGAAAGGACCAAGCUCUCCAAGUUGAGAGCAAACAUUUUCAGUCCCAAGGGAGACGAGUUCCAGCAAAAAGCCAACAGAUUGAAGGAGGCAUCCGAUCUGGUCGAUAAGGAAAUCAGCACUCGAGCCACUCGGGAAGUGUUGGAAAUAUUUCAAACGAUGACGGCAAAUGUUUCCCGGAUAAUGGAAAAUACUGAUCGGGACAUUGUUAUUACCCAGCGGCUGGAAGGCCGUGGGAAGACUACAAUGGCUAAUUUCCUCCGACACUAUCUGGAUAAAUCUGGCAGAAGAACAAUAUUCUACGGAUUCCGUCGAUCUGGGCUGACAGCACAAUACAUGAUCAACUCGGCCCUCUCGUCUCUCAUGAUGCAGAUCCUUGGAACAUCUGUGAACAUGGAGUCAGCUGUCUUAGCUCCCAUAACCAAGCUCGCUAACCGUUACCCUCUCGGGCCACAGGAAUGUUCCUUUGAAGAGCUUUUAGGCGCAACUAAGCAUCUCUUGCUGGAUGGACGAGACUGCGAUCUGAUCUUAGACGCCCUGGACGAAUGCUUGACCAAGGAUGUUUAUUCUCCAAUCUGUGUUAGAAAAUUUGUUCAGUUCUUGCAAAACGUUAUGUCCAUGUCUUCGGGAAGACUUGUUAUUUUUUCCAGACCUGAGCCGCAAUUUUAUGAUAUGAUGAACUCCGCACUGGUGAUUCAGCUAUCAUGCGGAUUGUUACUGGCUGAUGUUAUCAGAGUCUCGAACUUGGAAUACAAGCAGCUGAGUCUGUAUGCCACGGAAAGAUCUUCUACCAUAGAACAUAUCAAAGAACAUUCUCAAGGGUCAUUCUGGUGGGCUAAACUAUUUCUCGAACACCUGGCCAAUGCACCAGAUCUGGAUAGCUUCCAUCAGCGGCUUGAUCACCCAAUUCCGUCCGUUGAACAGUUUUACUCAACGGCAUUGGAUGAAAGUUCAGCGUGGAUGGACGACGACCUAAAGAACUGCCAGGAGAAUAUCUUCACUAUCACGCUUCAUGCCCGGAGAGUUCUCAGCGUGCUGGAGCUCAGGGACGCAUUACAGCUUUCGGAAACCCGACCUGGCGACAUCAUUUCCCGUAUAUGUCGACCUUUAAUUUCAGUACAGGGAGACUGUGUUCAGUUCUCUCACCCCUCUGCUAGAGAGUUUAUUAUUGAGUCCAGGAAAUCCAGUGGAGUGCCAUCACUUGACCAUUCCGUUUCCCACCCUCAUAACUUUAUAGCUGAAAUUUGUCUUAACGUGCUUCAAAGAAGAGAAUAUGCAGAGCUGCAAGCUAUUUUAGCUUACUUGACAAGGAACCACGAUCCUUCCAAGUACUCAGCUGAUCCUGUACCCGGUAUUGGCAAAGAUCUCUACAACUAUGCCGCUAAAUAUUGGCAUGUACAUCUUUGCGAGGCUACGCGACCAAGCGACCGGCUCAUAGUCGCUGUCAGGAAAUUCUUGUCUACUUUACAAUUCACCCAUUGGUGCGAGUACAGUACAUCAGCUUUUGGGGCGUUGAUAGGGGUCACGGGCCCUUUGGAUCGAUUGAAGAUGUGGAAGCUGUCGCUUCCAGAUUCUCAGCGCGCCGAGCUGGACUUGGAGUAUUGCUACAAGUAUUCAUACUCGAGGCUAAUGGAAGCAUGUGAACCUUCGACGCCAUUGAACCAAUGCCUUGCUCGUAUUAGCCUUUGUGGCCACUACCUGAACUUUGGAUUAAUACGGGAGCAUGAUCAUCUUCUUGACAUUACUUUGUCUAUAUUACAGAAGCAUGUGCCUCUUGACCACCCAGUCGUUUUGAGGAACAAAUCUACGAUCGCAUUUUCAUACCUCCGAGAUGGUAAAAUGAAAGAGGCUCUCGAUAUCUACUCUGCGCUUGUGCCACUGCAGAAGAAAAUGUUUGGGGAGCAGAGCAUACAGUCCAUAAAUGCCCAGCAUUAUUGCGGCGAGAGCCAGUACUUCAUGGCAGAUUUUGAAGCCUCACGAGUAGUAUUUCAUUCAACAAGGGAAGGGUUUCUAAACACGCGGGGUCCCGCUAGCUGGUCAUAUCUCGCUGCCCAACUUUGGUAUGGGAGGAGUUUGGCGCAACUCGGUGAUGUUGAGGCUGCACUACGGAUAUGGAAGGAUUGCUUGCAGAAACGGCUUGAGGAUGAGGGGCCACACGAUGAAUUUGCUGUCAAUAUUCGGAUAGGAUUGGCAGACCUGCUCUUGUUCGUGGAUCGUUCGAAGGAGGCUUUAUUCCUUGUAGAGGAGAGUCUUCCCGUCCUUCGCGCGUCCCGAUCGCCGACUGACAUAUCGAGAUUGGACGCGGAAAUUCUCUUAGCCAAGACAUAUCAUAAGCUUGGUAUGGGAAAACAUGCCUGGGAAAGCGUUAAAGAGUUGGAACGAAGCGGGUGUCUUGCAUCCCAUUUUCAGCGAUCCUGUCAGGUGUCACACCUAAAAGGGCUUCUCUUGGCCGCAAGUGGUUCGUAUCCUGAGGCUAGGGACACGCUCAUGGGGGUCUUGAUUCAAAUUGAGCCUGAGCAGAAUAACCUUUGUCUUCUAUGGAUGCGUUUGGAUUUGGCUGAUAUGAUCAGGAGCAGGGAACCAGAGGGGGAGGAUACGGCAGCUGUCCUCUUUGACAAAAUCGUCAGAGAUAUAUCACAGCCCCGUGAUCACCCGGUUCGUGAGGAGCCUGAUUCCCCACGGCUAUUGAAGGCAGCGGAGGAAGCGUUGAGAUACACAAGAUCAAAACAGCACGCCAUGGCGAAGGAGGUGCUAGCCCGUGAGGAGGUUGAGUGGAUGCGCCCAAGUGAUCUCUGGAUGUGGUAUACUGAACAACUGAUUUUCGUAUAG